AUGGAUACAAAUAUGACAUUAUGUGUUGGUACUUUAUAUCAUGAAAUAAAUGAUAUGGAAUGUUUAAUUAGUCGUAUACUUGGAUCAUUAAUAGCACAAGUAUCUAUAUUUGCAAUAAUAUUUAAUAUUCGUUUUCUUUAUUGGUCAACAUAUCAUCCAAAUGCUCGAUCUCGUCAUUAUCCAUUAAUUAUAUCAAUGAUUAUAUCAUCAUUAUCUGUAAUUAUUGUUAUAUCACCAUCAGUAUUUGUUCAAUGUUUUUAUUGUUAUCGAUGGUGUUCACCAUUCUAUUGUCGAUUUGAAGGUUUUGUUAGUUAUUUAAAUGGUUGUGUGAAUAUGUUUAUGUUAAUGAUGAUAUCAAUUAUUCGUUAUUCUUCGGUUAUUCAAAUAAAUAUUAAAAAAAGAUGGUUUGAACAACAUUCAUCUUUAACUGUUAUAAUAUGUUGGUUAUGUGGACUUGUUUUUGCUUUACCACCAUUAUUUCAUUGGAAUGAAUAUAUUCCUGAAGGAAUUGGUUUUCAUUGUGGAUUAAAUUGGUUUGAUCGAUCAAUUCAUUCUAUUAUUUAUUUUAUUAUAACAUUUUCAUUUGUUUAUUUUAUUCCAUUACUUAUUUUAAUUGUGAUUAAUAUUUAUGUUUAUUAUAUUAUUCGACGUUUACUUUCCGUAGCAGUAACAAAACCAAAUUUACAAAUGCUUUUAAAUGUAUCAGAACAAAAACAACAAUCAACUUUAUGUACUUCAUCAUCAUCUGAUACUAGUACAACAAUCAAUUCAGAACGAUUAGAUUCUCGUGUAUCAGCAAAUUCUGUUAAUGGUAGUUCACGUUCAGUUCUUCGUCGAACAGGUGAAAGUCUUCAAACAAGUCAACUUACACGAGUAAAUCGUUUAAAAGCUGAUCGACGUUUUGCAUUAGCAACAACAUUUUUAAUUAGUGAAUAUUUACUUAGUUGGACACCAUAUGCGAUUGUUGCUCUAUUUUAUUUAUUUAAUGUAGAAUUUAUAAGUCAACAAUCAAUAAUAAUGACAAUAUGUGCAUUUACAGCUAAAACUUCAAUGAUUUUAAAUCCAUUUAUUUAUAUAGCAACAAUAAAGACUGAUCAAUUAAAAACGAUGUUAUUUUGUAAAAAAUGUUCUUGUCCUUCUUGUAGAAUGAAAAGGAAUAUUAUCAUUUGA